AUGACAACAAUGGGAACCCGACAGGUACUCACAAUUCGUGUUCGUAAAAAUAGAAGAAAGUAUACAAGAGAAUAUUAUGAAGUUUUAGGCAAACAUGGCAAAAUGUACAGACUGCAAGCAGAAGAUAAAACUACUAUUGUCAGACCUCGUUUCAAACUUGUCAAAGUUCAAGGUGGUAUACUUUCAAAGACAGUUCCUAACAAAUAUAAGACAACUCCUGACGAAUAUGCUAAAGAAGUUGAAAAUGACGACUAA